AUGAGGCGCUCGGCUACUUGCGCUACUCCCUGCACUUGGCUGAGGCGAAACGGCGAGCUUGAUGUGUGCCUGCCGCUUGACUUUCGAAUCGAGGUGGCGCUGGCUGCCUCUUUGGGCCCCGUAGCUGAGCUGCCCGGGGCCGCUGAAGGCUCCGAGGCUCUGUUUUGGCAAGGAGGAUCCUUCGGUCUCAGUGUGGCCGCCUGCGAAUUCCCGGACGCGCAGCUGGUUCUUGAGGACGACGGCGCCAGUCCGAAAAGCCGCAGCUUCUGGCAGAGGCGCAGGCAACAGCUGCUGAGCGCUGGCCUGUCUCCGGGAGAAGUUGCCCAGGGGAGCAGCAGCUACGCCUUCGUCUUCCACGAGUCGGGAGACGGCGAGCUGGGCCCGCAAGAGGUGCUGUACAUGGCCAGGCUUUGCGCAUUCGACACAGGCCACCAGCAGUUCCAAAAGCUCGACACAGAGGAGCGGUGCAGCCCACCGCACCUCCAGAGCUCCGAUGAACUGCUGACCUUGCUGACAGGUGACGUCAACGAGACGACCCGGGAGCUUCGGAACGCAAGUUCCUUUGGCAGUACCUGGCUGAUGGAUUCUGCGCCGUUCAUCUAUAACUCUUGGGCCUUCUUUAGGAAGAAGCGCCGCUGGCAGGAGGCAUUGGCAAUCCUCCCCCAGAUGGUUGACAGGCCGGACUCGGCGGCCUUCGGAGCUCUCAUCGCUGCUUGCAGCCAAGGCUUGGCGUGGCAGGUGACCCUGAGUCUCCUGAAGGACGCCCUCCAGGAGCCGCGGAGCUUCUUUGACGAGCGCCCUGUGGCGGAUACCGUCAUGUUCAACGACACCAUGGCGGCCGCAAUGAAGUCGCGGCAGUGGCAGCAGGUGCUGGCGCUCUUUGAAAGGCAGUCCAGCACUCACAAGUACAGUGGAUACAGUCCAAACGUGGGCUCCUUCGGCAUUGCCUUGAAAGCUUGCGAGCAAGGUCACCAAUGGCCUUUGGGCCUCCACUUGCUGGAGAUGUGUCAUGCUGACUUGCAGCCCAACACCGUCACGUACAACACCUACAUCAGCCUUUGUGGGCAGGUCCGGCGCUGGCAAGAUGCCCUGGCCACCUUCCAGCGCUUGAAGAAGCAGAAGCUCAGGCCAUCUGUGGUCACCUACGGCGCACUGAUCGCAGCCUGCGGCAAGGCAGAGGAGCCGAUCAAGGCGUUGCGGCUGCUGUCAGAGAUGCGAUCAGCUCGAUUUGAUCCUGGGGUCAUCGCAGUGAGUGCCGCCAUCUCUGCUUGCGAGCGGGGUCACCUGUGGCAGGAGGCGAUUCGUCUCUUCGAUGAGCUCAGACACUCGGAGCACAAGCCUGACAUCACGGCGUUCAAUGCCACGAUCAGCGCGUGCGAGAAAGGCUCGCGCUGGGAAGAGGCACUCGCCUUCUUUCAGGACCUGCAGGAUGGCGGGACUCAGGUGAAGCCGGUAAGCAUCACCUACAACGCCGCCAUCAGCGCCUGCGGCAAAGCCUCGCAGUGGCAACGGGCCCUGGGCCUCUUCUCGGAGCUGCAGGAGAACCUUUGGGUGCAGCCAGACGGCAUCACCUUUAAUGCCAGCAUCAAUGCUUGCACAGUGAGUGCCCAGUGGCAGCAAGCGCUGUCCGUGUUUGAGGCCCUGCUGGAGUCCAAUCUCGAGCCAGACGUCAUCGCAUGCAACUCACUGCUGGGCGCCUUUGGAGACCAUUGGCAGCAUGCACUGCAACUUCUGCAAGCAAUGCCUGAGAUGUCGCCUUGGCCUGACCAGCUGAGCUACAGAGAGGCGGUGAUCAGCUCGUGCCGCGCCUCAGCUUGGGAGAUGGCCCUGGCGCUGCGGGACGACGACAUGCAGCAGAAUGGCAUAGACCCGGACAUCGCCGGCAGCAGCGCGUUGCUGAUGGAAUGCCAGCACCGGGGUCUCCCGCAGCUGGAUUUGCUCACAGCUUUGCCCGCGCUGCAGGAAGGCGGGCAUUCUGGCGAGGAGGUCGAAGCCUUCUGGUCAGCGGCUACAAUGCUGGCGGGGGAUGGCGAGAGGCACCUGGAGCAAGUCAUCCAGCGCGCGAAAGAGUGGCGCGGCAGUUUGUCCGGUCUCUACAGCAAGGAGAGCUGGAGCUUCUGCGACAUGUGCUGA